AUGAACCACACCGCCACAACCUCAUUAUUUAGCCCCCUUGUUUCUCAGAUAGAAUAUCUAAAGACAAAUAACCCUGACGUCCAGUUUGUACUGAGCGGAACUGGAUCUGGAAUCCAGAGCUCCAUCAAACUUCAGGCAGACUUUGGUGCGUCCCUCUGGUGCAUAGAUUUCCAGCUUUAUAGCUUGACGCAAGGUGUUGCUCGGGUUGAUGCUACGCACCGUCCGGCAGCUCCUCAUACUUACUGGGUACCAGACGCCUCUGCCGGAGACACAAACCCUGGACCACAGACACGUGGCGUCUGGUACGCCCUGCCGUUUAUUGCAGACUUUAUCGAAAAGAACCCUGGAAAAGUUGUAGAGGUGAAUCUGGGAUCGGACGUGCUCAUGGCAUAUGCAAUGUACGACGAAUCUACAAGCCAGUUGUCCAAACUCGCUUUGAUCAAUCUACGCACCUGGAUCAAAGGAGGAAAUACCGGCAAUAGAGGGACAGAAAAAGUGACGUUCGCGGUCAGCUCUGAUAAAAGUACCUACAAGGUGCAACGUCUUGUGUCUGCGGCUGGUGCUCAGGCAAUGGGUUUUGAUUAUGCCGGUCCUACAGAGAAUAUCACCUGGGCUGGUGAGCAAUGGAGCUACUCGAUCGAUCAAGGUCAAGGCCACCUGGUAGCUGGUGUUCCGACAGAGGUAACUCACACCGUGGUAAAUGGCGAGGUGACGAUUGAAGUAUCGGACAGUGAAGCAGUUCUCAUUACUUUUUGA